GGGACCUGACCUGGUGGAUUAUUAGGCAAAACGACGUCUCGGAGAUUGGAAUUUUGGAUCGUCUCCCUCCUUCCUGUUUCAAUCCGAUUUCAGACUUCACUAACGACUUCACUUUCAAGGUGGUUGAUGGUGAUGUGUAGGUGUUAGGAUUGAAGAGGAAAAGGAAUUUUUUUCCGUGAAAGUGAAGCUUUGGUCCUCUAUUUCCAAUUUACUAUGCACUGUUAGCAUCUUAUGCAUGGAAUGCAAACACACUGAACCACGGGGGUUUUCCUGAUCAACUUGAUAUUUGUUGUUCUACUAAGAUCUGUAGAGACCUUACGAAAUCUCAGGAGUUUCCAUUGUGAAAGGGGCCACGACCGGAUUGUGUCUCUUCAUUUUAGUAAUUAGUGUAGGAAGGUGGUGAGAAAGUAAUAUGGCUGAUACCAGUCCUAGGACUUCUGUCUCAACAGAUGCUGACACGGAUCAUAGAGAUCAAAGGUUUGAGGUAGGGCAAUUGGGUGUUGCAGCUUCUGAUUCCAGUGACAGAUCAAAGGAUAAGUUGGACCAGAAGACGCUUCGUAGGCUUGCUCAAAACCGUGAGGCUGCAAGGAAAAGCAGAUUGAGGAAGAAAGCAUAUGUUCAGCAGCUGGAGAACAGCCGACUGAAACUGACACAACUUGAGCAAGAGUUGCAAAGAGCAAGGCAGCAGGGUAUCUUCAUCUCAAGCUCGGGAGACCAAGCCCAUUCUACUAGUGGAAAUGGGGCUAUGGCUUUUGAUGUAGAAUAUUCUCGGUGGCAGGAAGAGAAGAACAGGCAAAUGAACGAGCUGAGGUCCGCUUUGAAUGCUCAUGCGAGUGAUGCUGAGCUUCGGAUAAUCGUUGAUGGAGUGAUGGCUCAUUACGAGGAGCUUUUCAGAAUAAAGAGCAAUGCCUCUAAGAAUGACGUCUUUCAUUUACUAUCCGGCUUGUGGAAAACACCUGCAGAGAGAUGUUUCUUAUGGCUCGGUGGCUUCCGUUCAUCCGAACUUCUCAAGCUUGUCGCGAAUCAGUUGGAGCCAUUGACAGAACAACAGUCCAUAGGCAUAAUUAACUUGCAGCAGUCAUCCCAGCAGGCUGAAGAUGCAUUGUCUCAAGGGAUGGAAGCCCUUCAACAGUCACUUGCCGAGACUUUAUCAAACGGAACUCUUGGAUCUUCAGGUUCAUCAGGAAAUGUCGCAAACUACAUGGGCCAAAUGGCAAUGGCAAUGGGGAAAUUAGGAACACUAGAAGGAUUUAUCCGCCAGGCUGACAAUUUGCGGCUACAGACGCUGCAACAGAUGCUAAGAAUAUUAACGACCCGUCAAUCAGCUCGUGCUCUUCAAGCAAUACAUGAAUAUUUCUCACGCUUACGUGCUCUUAGCUCGUUAUGGCUUGCCCGGCCAAGGGAAUGACCCGGAGAAAAGCUUUUUUUAGUUCUACAAAGCCCUUUGGGAGUUUCAGCUUUGGAUCUCAGAAUAUGAUCGAAGAUGAUAUGCUCAAACACAGAAAUAGAAGUAAGUGGUCGGUUGUUUAAAUCUGAUCUGAUGUAUUGAGUUUGUGUUGUGUCUUGUAAUGUUUAGUAAUGACUAGAUAGACUAACCGUUCCGUUCAUAUCUCUCUUUGAUUGUUGAAGCUAAUGGUCAUAUCAUUGUAUUGUUUACUUCAGAUGCUGUUGGUGUAAACCAACUUUGUCACAGAUUAAUCUUAGGGAAGUUGGCUUUUGUACAAUUCAAAGUAGUUUCUCUC